AAACGCUGAGGCUGUGAUCCACUUGACGCUAUAAAUGCUCCGCAGUGUUUUUCUUCUCUUUUCUUUCAAUGAGAAGAAAAGAAAGAAUGCUUCGAAGCAUUUGUAGCAUCAAGUGGAUCGCUGCUAUAAUACAUUUAUCUGUGCGUGUACCACUUGAACUGUCACGGUUCUCCAUUUGACAUUUGUAUGUAGGUUAUAUGUAUUCGCCGAUGAGACUUGAAAAGUCUGAAUUUUCGUGAUGAGCGAGAAAAAUAUUAAUUCCGCUUUAGUGCGGAGAGUCAAUAAAUUGCUGGAAUCCAGGGUGGAGCACGAUAAGGACACGUUAGAAGCCUUGAAAGAACUGUCAACAUUUUUUACCGAGAACACAUUGAACUCUCGUCGAAAUUUGCGCAGUAAGAUUGAGAGAAGGAGUCUGGCGAUAAAUGAAGAAUUCCUGACUGCCUUUAAAGAGGUGAAGGCUUCCUUGGAUGACAUUUAUCAAGAUGUUCUAGCGAUGAAUACAGCUGUGCAGUCCAUGACUAAUCGCUUGCAAGUUACAAAAACACAAACAUCACAGCUUAUAGAACAAACGACAAAGCUUCAAAACGAAAGUCAAGUGUUGUCUAUACAGCAGGAAGUUGCGAGCGCAUUUAUAAAAAACUUCCAAUUGACCCCAUCAGAAUUGAGCGUUUUGCAUGGAUCAGCUAGAGAGGCACCCAUAACAGAAGAAUUUUUUUCUAUAAUUAAUAAAGUCCAGGAUAUUCAUAGCAAAUGCAGAGUGCUUAUGCAAUCUGGCUAUCAGACAUUGGCUCUGGAUAUAAUGCAAAGAAUGACACUACUGCAAGAAGCUGCUCUCGAAAGAUUGUAUCGAUGGACACAAACUCAUUGCAAAAAUAUAGAAAACGAAUGUUUGGCACCAUUACUCAUUAAAGCUAUGAGUAAACUUCAAGAUAGACCAGUAUUAUUCAAAUAUAUUCUGGAUGAAUAUUGUGCAACUAGAAGAACCGCCUUAGUAGGAGCUUUUAUAGAUGCUUUAACAUUGGGGGAGGGUGGUGGAACACCUAAUCCUAUAGAGAUGCAUGCUAAUGAUCCCAAGAGAUAUAUCGGUGAUAUGCUUGCAUGGUUGCAUCAAGUAAUUCCUGUGGAGAAAGAAAACAUUCUUACCUUGAUGAAAGGCUGUGAUAAGACAGAUGUGUCGGAUCAGGUGAAACAAGCAUUGAGCAACAUCACGGAAGGACUGUGCCAUCCCUUAAAAUCGAGAAUAGAGCAUGUUAUAUCUACAGAGGCACCAGCAACAGUACUGUACUCAGUAACAACUUUAAUUAGAUUUUAUCGCGCCAUCAUCGAGCAGGUCAUACCUGAUAGUGUUUUAGAUCAAACACUGUUAGAUUUAUUGAGCUUGAGCGAGAAGAGCUUUUUGAGCAGAUUGCAAAGAGAAACGAGGAUCGCUCUUGGAGAGCGCGCGGAGCCUCCCGGAAGUGAUUUAGUCCCUGCUCCAUCUGUUUCUAGACUGUUGUCGCUUCUAAAUGAAAUACUGUCCGUCGCUAGCAUAGCUGAAGACAGGGAAAGGGACAUGUUACAGAUUGUGUCGUGUAUCAUUGAUCCACUACUUCAAGAAGUUAAUGAAACAGCCUCCAGAUUACCAACUGUGGAUAUGGCUGUUUAUCUUCUCAAUUGUAUGCAUCAGAUACAAUCGACCCUAGCAUUGUACGAAUACAUGGAUCAGAGAUUAGAAAGGUUACAGGCACAAUCAGAUGCUCAAAUCGACACACUUACAUCGGAACAAGCUAGUUCUUUGGUAGCACAUUUGAAUCUUGGUUCGAUUUACACUAUUCUGCAAGGACGCGAGCAGGGACCACUCUCAUCCAUACCUGGCAUGGAUGCCCUCAGCGUGAAAGAAUUCACUAAUAAAUUAGAGGCAUUUCUUGUGAUGCCAGAUGUCUUAUUAUUGCCACAAAUAAGUUUGUUACAAAGCAACAAUCAUCGCAUGAUCACUCAGAAACGGUCGUUCGAAGUAAUCGGAGCUAUAUACAAGCAAUUGUACGAAUCAUGUCAUAAUCCGAAAAAUUUGUAUCAAAAUCCUAGCAGCCUCUUUUCCAGAACGCCCGAAGAACUUCUUCAGACAUUAAUUUCUCAAUAAUUGUAUAUACAUAUAUAUUUA